CGCGGCGAGCAAAGCGCUCGCCCGCGGCUCGCCGCGCGGUUCAGGUGCUUUGCGGACUCUCCACCGCUUUGAAGUUAAAGGAGAAAGCCGCGCAGCCAGCGGCGCACCGGUGUAGUUGCAGAAGCCCAUUGAGAGCGGGCAGGUCCGCGCGCCGAACCCAGCCGCUGCCACUCCUCCAGCUAUGCUCAUGCACACCUCCUUGGCAACUUGCUGGAACUGACAACAGCAUUGUAUGCAUUUCUUCGUCCACUCAUGGCAGUAGAGAACAGUGACAGGAAGGAUAAGAGGAAAGAUAAUCUAUGAAUUCCCUACAAAGAUGGAAGAAAAAAAAUUAAGGAGAAUAAUUUGGAAGAUGUGAAAUGGCAGCUACUGAGCAAUUUCUUUAUGGCUAGACUGGAUAACUGCUUUAAUUAGAGCCUGCCUGACGUUUAUGUACUUGAGGAAAUGGUUUACCUGUGUAACUGAGAACAUGAUCGAAGGAAGCGUUUCCUGCUGCUGAAGUCUUUCAAAUCGGGUCAUCUCCACAGGAGCAGCCCUGCCCAGCGCUCAGCACGUGGUGGAGAAGCUCUGUUGUGAUACAGGGAAUGGAGCAGCUGGCGGGCAGAAGGAAGCUGAGGAAGAGCCUGUGCGUGGCCUUCAGCCUCUGUAAUCUUCAACUCAGACUGAUGACAGAAAUUCCAGAUGACUGCUGCUUCAGUACUCUUAAGCUAUGAGGAAGAUGAAAGGAAGAAAGAGGGGAUGUUUCUUACCUUUAACCUUUAUCCUGCUGUUUGUCUGUAUCGCUGGGCAUGCAGCUGAUGACUCUGAGGAUGGGGAAGAAGAGGAUGUUCUGGGUGUUCCUUUACCACCACUGAAACUGGGGCAUUCAGACUGUGCCCUGAAAGCAGAUGAAGGUCCUUGCAAAGCAAUCCACGUGCGCUUUUACUUCAACAUUCAAAGCCGUGAGUGUGAAAUAUUUGAAUAUGGUGGAUGCCACGGCAAUGCAAACAACUUUCUAACUUUGGAAGAAUGUCAGAACAAAUGUGUGGUAACAGAAUUGCCUCUGGAGGUGAUGCUAGCAAAAAUUAAGAGAGAAAAGCCCAACUUCUGUUAUCAAGAGAAAGACCCUGGAAUCUGCCGAGGCUUUUUUUCCAGGUAUUUCUAUAACAAAGAGACAAAAAUAUGUGAAAUAUUCAAGUAUGGUGGGUGCCUUGGAAACCAGAACAACUUUAGGAGUUUGGAAGAAUGCCAGACUACCUGCCAAGGCAACUCAAACUUACUGUCAGUUGUUCCAGAUGAGGAGCAUCCUGACCUUAUGAACAAUAGCUCCCCAGAGGAAGAACGCAAUCAGUUUCCUGGGAUUUUUGUAAAUUUGUUGCCAACUACACCAAAUGAGGAAGAGUCCCAUAUUGUGAACAGUAGUUACCAAGAGGAAGAGCGCAAGCGGUUUCCCAGUUCUUUUGAACCACCUCCUGUCCCUUCUUUGUGCAUGACUCCUAUGGAUAGAGGACUUUGUAGAGCUAAAGAGACCAGGUUUUUCUUCAACUACUCAACUAGAAGAUGUCGUCCAUUUACCUACAGUGGUUGUGGUGGGAAUGAAAAUAAUUUCACCUCCAGGAAGUCAUGUUUAAGAAUUUGCAGGAAAGGUAUGGGAACUGAUAUUGCCACAGACUGUCACAAAAGGCAAGUAUUAUGCAUGCUGUAGGCUGAAAUAGUCUUGCAAUUUUUAGUAGUAAGUACUGACCUGAUAGAAUGUAAUAGCUGAAAGUACUGGCAAAGUGCAACUGGUAAUCAGAAGAGAGAGCUAGAGAGAGAAGGAUGGACACUAAAAUACUGUGUACAGAACCGGCUGCUUAACAUUGGUCGGGCAUAUGAAGACUUUGGGUAAGAACGAAUGUUCCUUUUUCUUUUCUCAAGGAUGUUUCUUGAAAACAAGACUGGUCUCAUUUUGGAUUAUCGUGAAUGUUAGUCAUCCAGUCUUAACUUUGUCAUUUUACCUUCAGGAUUCCUUAAAAAAAAAAGAUGGAAGAAGAUUAAUAAGAAUCAAGAAAAAAAAGAAACAGUCGCUAAAGACUAUGGGAGAGGAAAUCAUCCAUG